AUGCAAAGUGCCAAGAUGGCUGCGCAGACUAGGGUGCUCGCGUUGCCAGAGAUCCUCACCUUGGUCCUGCAAGAACUAGACCUGCAAACGCUGCUUGUUUCCGCCCAGCGAGUCUCUCGGAUGUGGAGAGCCGUCAUCAAAGACACUCCAUCCCUGCAAGCGAAAUUAUUUCUUCGCCCAAUCAGCACAACAGAAACAAGUCUAGCGCCGAUCUUCAAUCCGCUUCUAGCGACCAAGUUUCCGACAUUAAUUCCCAAAAAUGACCGAUCCAUCAAUCAGCCAACCGAGUUUGUUGACCUCACAAGCGUCGAUAUUGCUCUCCGCCCAACAGAAGAGUCUGCCUAUCUUCGUCCUGAAGCAAGUUGGCGACGCAUGUUGACCCAACAACCACCGGCAUUUACACUUGCUUCAAUAACGAGGAGUGUGAACGCUGAAGGAGUGAGCCUUAAGAGAUCAAGAGGGCCUCGCCAGGGUGAGGGACUACGGAUGGGAACUCUCUUUGAAUGGGUUCUAUCCCUACCGGGCUAUCUCUUCCCCAUUGGUGUGACCAUAUUCUUCGGAGGGCCAUCGCCUGUGAAUGUCAACACGCCAUUUUUCAACUCGGGUGGUUUCUGGGCAGAUUUGUAUAAAGAUAUUGUCGCUAAGCAUGACGUUAUUCUGUCGGCAGAUAUGGGAAGUACCUCGGAUAUUUCCAAUGAGGACGAGAGGUGUCUGUCCAGCGAGGAUGCGGACACGAGAGAUCGUCUGUACGACGCUUUUCUGAGGGCUGGUUUGUUGACAUCUGAUUUGUUAUUCGAAAACUAUGAGUCAUAA